GCACACUGCAUUCAAACCACCAGCAUCAGAAGAACCAUGAGCUUCUUUUCCGUGACCAAGUUGGCUCCAACACUGGUUGCCCCCAGCGAGCCAACGCCGUCCGGCAAUCUCCCCCUCUCCUUCAUGGACCAGCUUCCGGCCUCGAGGUUCUUGGUCGACUCAAUACAUGUGUUCGGGCAUGGCCAGGAGCCUGGAAUGGUCAUAAAGGCCGCACUGUCCAAAGCCCUGGUCCCUUACUACCCUGUCGCCGGCCGGCUUGCCAUGUCCGACCAAGGGGAGCUAGAGGUCGCUUGCACCAGGGAUGGCGUAUGGUUCGUCGAGGCAUCGGUCGACCGCAGCCUCAAAGAUCUUAACCACCUUGAAUUGCCUCUAGCUGUCCCUAAGGAGGAGCUCCUUCCAUACCUGUCUCCUGAAGUUGAGAAGGAUCUCAUUGUGAUGAUGCAGGUGACACAAUUUUCGUGCGGGGGAUUCGUGGUCGGGAUGAGAUCGAGCCAUGCAAUGUUUGAUGGGCUUGGAGCAGCCCAAUUUGUGCGAGCAAUUGCAGAUAUAGCGAAAGGCCUUGCGCAGCCCAUGAUCAGGCCCAUCUGGUGCAGGGAAGCCAUCCCCAGCCCACCACCCAAGCUCCCAUCGCUACGUCCUCCUCCUCCAUCCCUCACCGCCCAUCCCUUCGUGACUUUCUUGUUAGAUAUCUCCCUCGACCGGAUCAACGAGACCAAAAGCAAAUUCACAAAAGAGACGGGGAAAUACUGCUCCAAAUUUGACAUCUUAACUGCAAAAGUAUGGCAAUCCAGAGCCCGAGCAAUAGGUCUCAAGCCGGGGGCUGAUGUCCGGCUUGGCUUCGCCGCCAAUGCUCGUCACUUGAUGCACCAAUUGCUGCCCCCAAAAGGAGGCUACUAUGGAAACUGUGCCUACCCGAUGACCAUCACUGCACCAAGUGAGAAGAUCACGGAUUCGUCGCUUUUUGAGGUUAUAAAUUUGAUCAGAGAGGCUAAAGAGAGUCUCGGGAGCAGGUUUGCAAAGUGGUUGGUGGGAGACCCCGAGGGGGACCCAUUUAGAGUGCCGGUGGACUAUGGGCUGCUGUGUUUCUCGGAUUGGAGCCGGGUUGGGUUCUAUGAGGUGGACUACGGGUGGGGACAGCCCAUCCAUGUCGGCCCAUUGGAUGAUAACAGCUUCAUAGCCUCCUGCAUCCUUCUCAACCCACCUGCACCCAAGCAAGGAGUGAGGUUGAUCACACGCUGUGUUGUUGAAGAACAAUUAGGAGCCUUCCAGGAUCAGAUGGCGAACUUGGUCUAGCAUUCAAAAUGCCUUCACACCAUCUUGAUACAAAAUAAGUUGAAGAUUCUACAAUAAGUUGCGAUCGUCGAGCACAUGCGGGCGGGAUUCGUAUUUGAUGAAUGGAUGCAUUCAAUGUGAUUAAUCGUUGCAGUUAAAUUGACAAAUGUGAUGCUUUUCAAUUUAAAAAAUGUAAAAUUUCUGGAAGAUGCAAAUCGAAAAUGUAAAAAAAAAAAA